CCAGAACCGUUGCUGGAUGGACAGUUACCCGAAAAUAAAAACGACUAAGUGUGGAACAUCUUCAAGUAAUAGUCGCCGGAGCAUGCAUCCAGCCAAUGACAGUCGUGAGCUACCUAGGCGUCAACCUGCACCUUCUAAGCGCAGGGCUCUGUCUCGCGAACGUAGAGCACAAAAAAACCGUCGAAAGAAAGAGCGAAGAAGGACAGGGCUCAGGGAAGAGCUCAGGGAUCGUCAGGAGCUUAAGGCACGGGCAAGUACUUACCGACCAUCCUACCGACCAUCCUACCGACCAUCCGCCGAAACGAUACGCUCAAAGAAUGGUCGCGAUUCGAGGAGGUCUUUGGAUGAGGAUAAGCAAGCGGUUCACCAAGUCAGCGUGACUGUCGGCAGUGGCUCUUCUGCCGACACAAAAGCUACGCAAGAAAGAUCUUUGCCUUCGUCUAUCAACGUCAUUGCUGAUUGUCGACCGUCCAAGAUAAUACAAAAGCUAAAACAAAAAGCCGACAGUGUCGCUCAUACAGUUGAGUGUACUCGAGUAGCUCAUCCUGUGGAGACUACUGGCCGAGAGCGUAGAACGCCUGAGCUCCCGAAACUUUUGACCCCGCCACUCCAAUGCUCUCCUACAACCAUGUCCCCCAAAAAAUCGACGCUGAUACAGCCUAAACAUCGCAGCCCGUCGGGUGUCAGUGACUCAGAUAUGGGUACUUCAUGGGGUCCUAGUCGUGUUGAUAGCCCCUGGACGUGGCUCCCAGAAUUCCCAGCUUGUACAACAAGCGUUGGAGAUGCCAUGCCAGUAGAUUCCCUAGUCCUCGCUACCCCACUGAGAAAUAGGACGACAUCGUCGUCUUUGCCAGUGACGGCUGAUUCAACGUCAAGUCACGAUUUCAACAUCUCAAGCGACGCUAAGGCUAUGAUACCAGAGGAUUCUCCAAUCAUCGCUAGCCCGACGAUGAAGAUGGAGGAACCAUCAUCUAUGGCAAUGGAGAUUGACCCGCCUUCGCCAAAUGACUUUUCGAACAUGUCACUGGACCAUCUUCUCGAAUUCACCAGCGUCGUGACAAUUCAAAAUGACGAUAUUCCAGUGCCACCACCAGAGAUUGUAAACUUUUUAAGUAAGCUGGAGGAUCUGAUCAUUGACGAUGCCCGACGAGACGAUCUCCUUGGCGUGCAAAAACGCUUUGCAGACAAACUCCAGGAAAAAUCGGAGCUGCGCCACAGUCUCAGAGAAGAGCACAAAAUGGCUGAGCGUGUGGUUAACGAUGGAAAAAAGCAACUAGCAGAUCGGCUUCAAAGCUUGGUCGCGAACAUGUUCGAAGGAAUGCCUAAGACUGCCGUAGCUUAUUCUAAGACUGACGCAGCUUAUUCGCCCAUAAGGGAUGAAGUACAGGAAGAUAUCAAGGAGCUUCAGACGUUUUCCAGCCAUGCUGACCGCCUGACCCAAAGGCUCGACCAUUACGAGGACAAAUCAAAGAAUUGGAUGGAGGAAGUGGAUAUGCAGAGAACUAUGCAGUUUUGUGAAUGGAAACAGACGGGCGGAGGCAUGAUCGAAGAGUUAAGGACACAUGUCCAUGCUCAAUCCUCUCAGGUGGACGAAUUGGAAACACGAAUGGCUGGCCUAAAAGAAAAAAUUCAAGGGCUUACUGCUGUCGCUGAGAACCUCGAACGGACCUACAACAAUCUAGACUCACAAGUUCGGCUAAGCAGUGAAGCACUCUCAUUGCGAGAAACGAUCAAUGAACUAUCAGCUGAAGUUACAAGUCUAUCAGAAAUAUUUGAUCAAUAUCGAUGGCAAGCAAUGGUGAACAAACUAGGAAGAGAUCGGGCCGCGGUAGUAAACCUGAUGGAAGAUCUCUCGCUGCUUCGCGAUCAAUUCUUAUCUAGCAAAACCUUCCAGAACUUUGUUGUGCACGUAUUCCGUAAAGAAUUUAUACGAGUGUACGGUAGAGUUUCCGAAACUCUGGCACAAGCCUUCAUCAGCAGGCUCAGCGAAAUUCACCAAAAAAUUUUCAUGGAAGCUACCAACGAAGUUACACAAGCAGGAAAUUUAUACGACGAGUUACGAGAUAGGUUGGCUAAACUUAAAGUACAAAGUGACGAAGACGAUGAGUUAGAAGUGGAACUUAUGACUGGAAUCUCUCCCUCGAAGCUACGGACACGUACUGCACCUCCCGCGGCUGAACCCUCUUGUGAUGAGAAGCGUGAUAGUCCGGCAUCGAUACAGGAAACAUCGGAUCCUUCUGUCCUCACCUUGCGUUCAGCAGAUUCGGCAACACCUGCGAUGGAGGAGCCACCAGUCUCACCUGUCUUGCCACCUGCAUGGAUUCGAAGCGGCAUCCGAGAUAUAACGGCAAGAAGUGCACGAAAGCAAUUGCAACACUUUUAAAUAGUAUGCGUGUUUGUUCCUUAUGCUCAAUUACGUGCGCUGAUAUGAAGCCGGACGUUUGCCUUCACCGGCUUCUGUAUAAAAGACAUGAGAUCCCAUGUUUAUUCGUGUUACUAUUCAAAUCGUUCAGCGUAACAUGGAUUAAUACAAGACUAAGAAUGUCAAGCGAAGCGACAGUGGGUAUCUUUCACGCCUUCCCCAACGGUUUCUUCUACCCAGCAGCAAUCGCAAAAACCUCUACCUCAUGACAUGACUGUCUAUUAUCUUGAAGGCGGUCGUCCGAGUGCGCCAUUGGAUAGUGGACCAAUUGUUGAAGUUCUACAGGGUAUCGCGGCACAACCAGCAUCUCACCCGCUCCCGCCAGGUGCUUCUUACUGGGGACCAUUGUCCCCAUUGACGCCGCCCGAACUCGUUUCAAAGUUCCCUGUGCGGGAGGUUCUACUCUGCCCGCAUUAAAUUGCACAAAAUCUCUCAGACUGUCCCAUUCUGGCGGAUAUGGUCUCUGGGUCCAAUACACGGACUGUGCCCACUUCAUCAUGAAGGCCCAGUGGACGUUCCCGGCGUGCUGUGACAUCUCGGCCCAGUCCCAC